UCUGUUCAUCUAAGGAGCUCAGCCAGUCAUGGCUGCACCAUGGGAGAAUUCGCUUUCAUUUGAGCAUCUUACCAGCAUGGAUCAAAAUACUUUUACCAAACAAAGAGAGCUUUUUAGAAAGAAAAGCAGAGGGAUGCAACUUCAGCAGCGUCUGCAGGAGCUGAAGGAGAGAGAGCGCAGAGCCCAGCAGCACAACAGGCAGCUUCUCCUGCAGUUUGAGAGAGCCCAGGACACACUGAAGGAGAUGCUGGCCCACAACGCUGCCAUGAAAACUAUACGGGUUACAGGAUGCACACAGCCAACGCACAAACACAAUGACCUGCACUGUCAGAUUCUCAAACAGUUUUUUUUUAUUUAGCAGCAAUCAGAGCGAGACAGAGCAGUUCUGUUGGUGGCGACAGAUAACAGUGACAGUAAAGGCAUUAAGUGAAAUUAAAUUCAGUAACUGGGAGAUGUUUUAAAGUAACUCAGGAUUGAAAGUUUGCCUUAGAGUUUAACAGUUAUUUAAAUGUACACUUUAACAUUUUCAGAUGGAGUAUGAGCGUUACCUGGAGGAAAACCUCCACCGCUGGCAGCAGCAGCUUCAGGAGAAAACUGAGGCCUCUCACAAGAAGAGAAUGGAAGAUUGUUUGAAGUCUUAUCUGCAACACAGUAAAGAUCAAGUCUCAACAGCAACAGUUGAUGAGCCUCUGAUUUCACAAGAUCCUUUCAUAAAGGCUCCAAAAGUUGAUGCUCCUCAAGCGUUUUUCACCGAAGGAAGCUCUGCUUAUAGCCGACAUCGUUCCUCCUGUUAUCCCCAUAAGGAGCCCUCCUGGCUAACCCAAGCAGGCGUGCCUCCAGGUUUCCUCCAAAUGCCUUUUCAACCCCAGAGUCCCUCACCCUUCCCUCCACCCAACUUCCCAGAUCCUCAUCCACUUCUGCUCCAACACCUCACCUCCCCAUUUGAUCAUUAUCGGCCGUGGGUCAGGUCCGAAGAUGUAGGCCGCGCUCCUGAACGCUACAGUCACCCCUGCUCUGAUGGGAUCGCUGUGGGAUCUGCAGGUCAGCUCCACACUGAGGAGCCGCCAGCGUCGAGUGCUUCUCACGUUGUAGAGCGAGAAAAUGAGACGAGCGCAGCAAAUUCAAAGAGGGUGAGAGGUGGUGGGGGCGGAAGGUGUUUGUCCUCUGAGCUCGACAUUAAACCAGUCCGUCUCUCUAGUGGACAUGUGGAAAGCAGUGAGAGCGGCAGAGAUUCCAGUUUGACCAGCAGAGAGAAGAAGAAAAGAGAGAAGAAAGGAAGAACAGAGGCUUCGUCCUCAGAGUCAGAAAGACCCGGUUCUCAGAGGUCAUCCAGGACUUCCAGUGAGGUCGUCGCUGCCUCCUGCGCCGUCGCCCUGGACUCAGAAACAAGCUGCUCCUCUGAGGAAGGAGGCACAGCAAGCAGAGGGAGGCUAGAGCGAGGCAGGGGGGUCAACACUGGGUCACCACCACCCGAGAAGGAGGCAGAGGAGCCUAGCACAAGGAGUCCAGCUCAAGACAAUAAAUCAGGAAGCUGUAAAGGAGAUGAUGUAGCAAAAAGUGAAAAUAGAGAUGAGGAAGUUCACAGCUCCGAGCAAAGCAUCGCAGAAGAAAAGGAUGAAGAAGAAGGAAAGAAAAACCAAGGAUCUGUAGAUGAAGAGAAAGAGAAGGAGGUGAAAAGUGAAGAGGGUGGUGAUGCUGAGGAAGACGAUGAGGAGAGCAACGAUGAGAUUCCUCCAAAUAGGAAUCAAAAGGAGGAUAAGGAUGAGGAAGAAGACGAAGAUCAGUCAGAAAAACUGGAGAAUGAAAGCAGAGAUGACGGGGAGAAGGAUUCUGACUCCUCACAGGAUGAAGAUGAGGAGAGAGAAGGUAGUGAGUGGAUAGAAGAGGAGUCAAAUGAAGAGGAAGACCAGCUCAGGAGUGAAGGAGCAGGAGACUCUGAGGACAGCAUCAUCUGUCCACAGGAAAACAGGUCCAAACAAAUGAAGAACAUCCCAGAGGAAGCAGCUGAAGAUGAGGAAGAGGAGAGCGACACUGGGUCCUCAAACAAUAAGUCAAAGGAACCAAGUGAUGAAGAGGAUAUUGAGAAUCUUCUGGCGCCUGAAAAGCCAAUAAACAAAAAACAAAAUGCUGUGAAAACCAAGGAGAAGCCCAAAGCCACAUGUCUCAACUUGGGCAUCUUCCAAGUGACGGAGGACCGAGCGAAGACGGACCAAAAAAGUGUCUCGGACGAGUCUGAUCACUUUUAUGACUAAAUUGGACAUGUUGGACACCAUGAAAUUCCUCCAAAUAGCAACUAUGCAGUAUAGAAAGAGAGGAAAGCACCAGACCUCAGAUGACCUCACCAGGUCGGACAACACUGAUGGCGUCACUGUGUUAAGGAAGCCCAGGUUGAUUCAUCAGCAGCUUUCACUGUUUAGGUGGCGAAGUCUCAGCCUCUCCUUGUUUUCCAAACGCGACGGCAGUCUGGCCUGUUUGGUGGCUCUUGAAGCUCUGCAUUCAGCCCCAAUCCGCAGUUUGUGAAUCUCUGGCGAUUCCUUUUGCAUGUCCACCUUUUUCCUGCCACUUUUUCCUUCCACCCAACUUUCCAUCGUUUUUUUUUCCUUCUUGAACUGAACAAGUUAAAUACUUUUAAACGAGAUGCACUUCCAUCUUUCACAUGAUUUUCUUCUUUGUAUGCUCCAUUUUAUUCUUUAUACAUUUAAUGUCUGAAUGCUGAAACCACUCAGCAUGAAUUCAUUGUGCACACAUCUCAACAACAACAAAAAAAAACUAACAAUUUUGAUGGAUAGAU